AUGUCGAUCUGGGACACGCUUUCAGGCCGGAAACCCACCACGCCUCCUGGCCCUUCGCCCUUUGAUGCCGCCUCUCACGAUGUGUCUUCGUUUCUCUCAAGCGCUGCCAUUCCCGAUCCCUCAGAAUUGCAUCCCCUUGCCGGACUAAAACAAGAAACUCUGGACUACCUUACUCUUGAAGAUUCUGCCUUAAACGAAUUGCCUGGCUCUCAAUCCGCCCUCCCGUCCCGAGGCUGGUCCGACGACUUGAGUUAUGGCACUGGAACUACCUACCUCACAGCCUUAAGCAUCGGCGGUUUGUGGGGCCUUACGGAGGGCCUCAAGAAAACACCACCUACUGCUCCCCCGAAAUUGCGAUUAAAUGCGGUUCUUAACUCCGUGACGAGGCGUGGUCCGUUUCUGGGCAAUUCAGCGGGCGUUAUGGCGAUGGUCUACAAUGGUAUCAACUCAACGCUGGGUUAUGCUCGUGGUAAGCAUGACGCGGUAAAUAGCAUCGUUGCUGGUGCUCUCAGUGGAAUGUUGUUUAAGAGCACCAGAGGCCUGAGGCCCAUGGUGAUAUCUGGGGGAAUUGUUGCUAGUAUUGCGGCUGCUUGGACGGUGACUCGGCGAGCCUUCUUUUCAUAG